AUGAUGCAUCCUACCAGAUCACAUUUCGAACCCAAGAAUCGCAUUCCCUACCGGGAUAACGACACCAGGGUCAGCCAGGAUGAUGCUGAGCUAGAGGCAUCAGGGUAUACGCGAGAGAUGCCCCGACAAUUUUCAAUGUUCUCUCUGCUGGCCCUGGCAUACGCUUUGAUCUGUACCUGGAAUGGGUUUGCAAGUGCCCUCGGUAAUGGACUGAGACAAGGGUCCUCCUCCGGAAGCAUAUUCAUGCUCAUUCCAGCCGCCAGCGUGAUUGCAAUCAUAUCGCUAGGCAUGGCGGAGCUUACGUCGGCCUUUCCCGUUGCAGGCGGGCAGUAUUACUGGGCCUUCAUUCUUGCACCUCCGAGAUAUGCACCAUUUCUUUCAUAUAGCACGGCAGUCAUUAGUGUUAUCGGAAUUUGGCUCGGCGGAGCUAGCACUUGCAAUUUCAUCUCGGGGAUGAUACUGUCUAUUGCACAGUUUAUUUAUCCCAACUAUGUGAUACAAGCGUGGCACAAAUAUUUCGUCUACAUUACAGUCAUUCUAACGGCGGCUUCAGUGAAUAUCUAUGGCGCUCGCAGACUCCCUGCCCUCAAUCGCUUCACUUUCUGGUUUUCUAUGGGCACAUUUUUCGUCACAAUGGCACUGAUGCUAUACUUCUCCUAUCCCAAUUACAACUCAGCGCAAUGGGUCUUCACUGACACCACGAUAUCGAGUGGAUGGGACAGCCAUAUUCUGGCAUGGCUACUUUGCUUGGUCAACAGUCUGUAUGGAUUUCUUGGUACAGAUGCUGGUGUUCACAUGACAGAAGAGAUUCCAAACCCGUCCGUUAAUGGGCCUAAGGUCAUUAUGUAUCCGGUUUUGAUUGGGCUCCUUACAGGUGAAGCGAACCAGGCGGCGGCAUAUGUAUUAACGCAUAAAACUGACUUGCCUACAGUAUUGCCAUUUGCAUGUGUCUGCAUGUUUGUGAUCAAAGAUCUCGAUGAGAUACUAAACGCGCCGAGUGGCUUACCACUAAUCCAACUAUACCACCAGGCCACUGGCAGCAGAGCAAUUACUGUCAUGUUGAUGGUUGCUUUUACCUUCUGCUUUUUCGCUUGUGCUGUGGCCAACGUGACAGGAUCGUCUCGAUCGUUGUGGUCCGCAGCUCGCGACGAAUGCUUCCCUCGCUCCGAUAUCUUGAAGAAAAUAAAUCCGCGGUUUGAAAUGCCGGCCAAUGCUGUAUUCCUGCAGACUAUAUUUUCAAUUGUUUAUGGCCUGGUGUUUCUAGGAUCCGAAACUGCGUUUUCGCUCAUGGUCAGCGCGUCGGUCAUUUUCCUAGUCGGGUCAUACAUUGUUCCUCAGGCAAUUCUGGUGUUUGUUGGCAGAGAAAAAUUGCUUCCGGAGCGACCCUUUAAUUUAGGGAAGUUCGGAUAUGCUGUCAACGUCACAUCAACCCUAUCCGCUGCUGUACUUCUCGUUGCCUGUUGUCUGCCGACAGAAUAUCCUAUUACUGCCUCCAACAUGAAUUACAACAGGUGCUGGCUGAAAUGGGAGCUUACUAUCCACAAGAUGAACAUGAGCCUGAUGAGCGGACCUCCUUACUUGCUGCCUGGAAACAGAAGUGACUUGCUCAAUGGAAGUUUUGUGACGGAAUCUCCUUGGCUGUUCGCUGAUCAGAUUCAACCACAAGCGCCUCUAAAGAUACUCAUGCUUCAUGGACACGGACAAUCGGGUCAAAAGUUCUACUACAAAACCCGCAUUUUCCAUGCAGCGAUUCAAAAAGAAAUUCUUUCUCUAACGAACAAACCAGUUGAGUUUGUUUACCUCGACGCUCCGAUCUGUCAAAUUCCGGGUGACUAUGAUACACGGAUAUUGGUAUACGGUAGCUAUGAAGAAUCUGGGGUUCGAGGCUUAAACGAUAGUAUCCAGCAUAUCAUGAGCGUUAUCCAGAACAAGGGCCCAUCUAUAGGAAUCAUGGGGUUUUCGACUGGAGCGGCAUUGGCAGUUAUUAUUGCUUCGCUACUGGAGAACCCUAAUAGACACACGGAGUUCAAUGUUAAAGUACAACAACCGCCCCUUCAAUUCGUUGUGGCAUACAGUGGUUUCAUGCUGGGUCAUCCGAUCUACAAGUCUUUAUACUAUCCUAAGAUACAGGUUCCUAUUCUGCAUUUAGUCGGAAAGCUGGAUUGCAUGAUAGCAGAGCCGUUGACCCUGCGUUUAGCCCAGCAGUGCCAGAUCCAGAAGGUUCGGUACUUUGGGGGUGGGCAUUUUAUUUCUCGCCACUCUGAGAUGAUCUCCGAGGUUGCCGGUUUUAUUGGGGACUCGCUUGUUUCUAGAAUGAUAUCGAAGACCGGGGAUAAUUGA